GUCAUGUCAGUCUUCAGCACUUCUAAAGUGAAAAUCUCUACAUUCUUCCAGAUUGAGAUCCCAGGAAUGGAAAACACCUGUAUUUGGGUUUCAAUCCCCAUUUGUGUCACUUGCUUCAUUGCCACCAUAGGGAACUGCACCAUCCUCUAUUUCAUAAAAAUAGAGACCUCUCUACAUAAGCCUAUGUAUUAUUUCCUCUCCAUUCUGGCAUUUUCUGAUCUGGGACUGUCCAUCUCUUCCCUUCCAAGUAUGCUGAUAAUCGUUUUAUUCAAUGCUACAAAAAUUUUCAGAUGCCUUGCUCAAGAGUUUUUCAUUCAUGGAUUCUCAAUCAUGGAGUCAUCAGUACUUCUCAUCAUGUCUGUUGACUUCUUUACAGCCAUCUACAACCCUUUGAGAUACACCUCUAUUCUUACCAGGGCCAGAGUCAUUAAAAUGGGCUUUGUGCUUGCUGUAACAAGUAUUAUGUAUGUUCUCCUUUUCCCCUUUAUUCUACAGAGGCUAAAAUUCUGCAAGAAAAGUCUUAUAUCCCACCUGUAUUGCCUCCACCAGUAUGUCACAAAGCUCUUCUGUUCUGACAACAAGGUCAAUACUAUCUAUGGAUUUGUUGUGGCUCUUGCUUUUAUACUAUAUUUUGUGUGCAUUCCUGUGUCUUGCAUGCUGAUGGUGCAAUUGUUCUGGGAAUUGCCUUACACAAGGGAAACCGUGUGGCAGUCCCUCAAAAAACUAGCAAUAGAACUAUCAUAUGACCCAGAAAUUCCACACCUAGGAAUAUACUCAAAAGAAAUAUACCCAAAA